GGCGACCCUGAAGCUGGGAGCUGUCAUUCCGUCAGGAGGCGUCUAUGCACCAGCUGUGACAAGUCGGAAACUGUCGUUCAUCAAGCUAGCGAGGGGACGCCGGGAAGAAAAAUGCCUCUGCGGUCAAGUAUGAAGAUUGUUCAUUGGAUUUUCGGCGUGCUGCUGGGCCUGAUCCAGGCACCUUGUCUGCCCCUCGAAAACACAGCAAGAAGCCUCCAGCUCACCCCGAUCCAUCAGUCUCGCGUGGAUGCGCGAGUGUUGGCCGACAGGAGUACAAGGAUAGUGUACGAGAGGUACGUUCACGUGACCAGCGCCAACGUGAGUCUCGUGAAGUCUCCCCUAGAACUGGACGAGACUUUGCCGGUCCGACAUCGCUACGCUCGGUCCUUCGGCGACCAGACUCAGUCAGACGGCGUCCGCUCUAAGAGCAGGCUGCAGAAUUUACACGUCGUCAGCUGUCAGAUGGACGUGGCCUGUGACCCCGAUGACCCCGGGGGUCACUGCACAUGCCCAAAGGACCUGGAGACCUUCGGAGAGGCCAAGUGCAUCAUCCCCAAGGCCAGAAUCAGCCACAUAUCAAUGUCAAACUCGGGACCCGUGAAAAUCUUCUGCGUGGGAGUGACCUUGAACUCCGAGGAGUCGGACAUAAUCUACGACAUGCAGACGAGAUGUAAAUAUCUGGGCGGAAACAAUGUAAAAUACCGGGUUUACGUCACCAAAACUGUGGAGACCAGUGACACGAAUGAAGACAAAGUCAAAUAUCGAGCUUGUCUAGAACCUGUAGAAGAUCGCUGAUGUUGCUGUUUUUAUCGUGUUCUUCUCCACAUUGCACUCACUGAAAUGCAUCUGAGCACUUUAGGUAAGGUUAGAAACGUCGGGGGAAAAAAGCAACAGAAAACUAAGACUCUUUACGUGGUUAGAAACCGUCUGUAUCGUCUUGAA